AUGCGUAGCAGUGUGGACGACAUUCUCAUCUACUCCAAAAAUAUGAAGGAGCACGUGGAGCAUCUGCGGAAAGUCUUCGAGAUCCUGCGGAAAAAUGUAUUCUACGUGAAGCUGUCGAAGAGCGACUUCGCCCUGAAGAAGGUGCAGUUUCUCGGGCACAUGGUGAGUGCGGAGGGCGUACACGUGGACCCGCGGAAGAUCGAAGCCAUCAAGAAGUUGAAAGUUCCUUAG